AUGAAAUUUGGUAUAAAAAAUAUUAAACGCAUCCCCAACUAUAAAUUCCCUCCCAGAAGAGCGCUCAACUCUGACAAGGUCAGAGAACGAGCCAAAGAACGUGAAACUAUGAGAGAUACCCACAGACAGAAAAAGAUAAAGGGACAGAUAAAAUUAAAGAACAGAGCACCAGAACAGAAAUGCUCCACUGAGUGGAAACAGAAAACGGAGAAGGGACCAGUGAAAGUGGAAGUAUUUAACCAAAACUCUAGGCGUGAGGCUGUACCGGGACUGCGCUACCGCAGACAGCUGUGGCGCAUCGCCUGUAACUGUUUCUAUAGGUCAACAGCGUUUAACACACUAGGAUUUGAAUGCACCCUUGAAGAGCUUGAUCUUGAAGAUAUCACCGAGCCUCAAAUGAACACGAUAAAAGCUUGUACAUCUGAGGAUUCAGGGCCUGGAAACUGUCCAGCACUGGAAGGAUCUACUUUAGAUAUGAAUAAAUGCUUGCGAGGUAUCUAUGAAGAUCUGAAGGCCUAUAGGGCAGAGCUGAACAAUUUCAGUGAUCAACAGGUGUUGACAACUAUUGAUGAGUUGAUGAAAGCGCUGAGGAUCAGCAGCACGAGCAUGCUGCAGCCAUCGUCAAACGCAGGAUCAACUUUUAAAGACAGAAUGAGGCUAUGCAGUGUUCUUCAUGCUUUCCGAAUCCGCAUGGUGACUAUAAACAGGAUGAUGAACUACUUGUCUUCUCCGGAAAGCUCGCUGUAA